AAACCAUUUCAUUAAGGAUUGCUGUGUGUUGUGAGUCGAUUGUUCCAUUGUCACUCUCACUUCUAGCAGUAGGUGGCUUCGGCUAGCAACCUGUUCCAUGCGAAGCGGGAUGCUUAUACUAUUGGAAUACAUACUUAUCUGGUUCGGGAUUAACACAACUGAAAAUUACUGACUUUUGAUGAGAUGAUAUGCAUACAAGUUAGAUCGAAGACCACUGACAUUACCUACCAUUAUCUACUGGAAACAAUUUUCUUACUCAUAUAAUAUCCCUGAGAAAAUAAGAUACUACUAGCAAUGAUGCCUUUCAAUGGAUGCAGUACCAUGGCUGGAAUUAACGAGGACUCUCUUUCCUGGAAUAAGCUUUGAUAUAUUCUUGAAUAUAUCAGUAGUAUCUACUACCUGACAUGUGACCAAGCUUGAUUGUGAGUCCGAGUGAACACUGAUUUACGGUUUGAUGCACUUGUACCUAAGGAGCUUAGACCGGAUUCGUCUGUGGCUCCAGGCAACGCUGUCAUCGCUGCAGCUGAAUUUCUGGAGAGGGAGUGAAGUGUCAAAAGGAGAUAUGUGCAGCAGAGCUCACCGACAUAAAUGGAAUGAUCGAUGUAUUAUGAUUACCAACUAGCAUGCUUGAGAUGAAGGCAAAAUAACUACACAGCCACUGGCACAACCACUGUUACAUGUAUCUCCAAUGAACACAUUCUUGUAUUGGCGAUAGGAGCAGUUUACACUAGCAAUACCACCAAGAAAGCUUCAACAAUCAGACAAAACAACACUUAACAUGUGUCUGGAGCACUUAAUUCAAGUCUUUUGCAACUGGGAAAGCAAAAUUAUGUGAUAAAUAUAUUAUUUUGCAUGUUACAGAAAAAAGUUAAACUUUGUCCAAGCAACUGAUAUAACUUUGUAAAAGUAGUGAAAGUAUUCCCAAACCACCAAAAAAACCAAUUCUUAUAAACGAACACAAAAUUAUUUGUCACUAUACCUGAAAUUUUAAGCAAUAUAAACCCCAAAACUUAUCUAAUUCGAAAAAAUGUAAAUGAUGUUAUAUGAACAUUGUGGCAGAUAACAUUGAGGAUUUCAUCUGCAUCGUUACCACCUUUUUGUGCCACCACCACAACUGCAACAAAACAAUUAGAAACUACUUGAUUCAAAGCAGGGAAAUGACUGCAACAUAAACUACUUGUUUUUAAACACACAAAUUAAUUGCAGUAAGUAAAUACAACCACAUCAACAAAGUCGCUUCUUCUGAGCUAAGAAACUAAUCAUCUACCAGCUUUUUUCAAGUUCAACUUUUUAAAGUUGUUUUAUUGUCUCCACCUUGCGCUGGGGGAAAUGCUGCUUUGUGGGUAUUAAAUGCAACUUCUUCAGCAUCAAAAGUCACAUCCUCAUUGCUUGAAAGGAGACUAUCACUGCCAGAAAUUCUGUUUUCUACAAGCCUUUUCUUGCAACCUGCCAUCGUGUUGCUGCUAUAUUUUGUCGUGAAUCACAGCUUGUUGUCAUGGUGGUCAAAACAGCAGGAUUAGAACCACAACAACAGCCAUAUCCAGCAAUGUCUCAGGGAACAGGACCAAGUGUGUCCACAUCAUACCCACAUGAAGUUAUUGAGAGUGAACAGGGCUUUUGGCAGCACUCCUAUGCACCUUAUGCAGUAGGCUUCGGCUGUGCAGUAUUUGUUAUAUUACUAGCAAUUAUAUGCUACUGUUGCUGCAAAGCAUGGCGCGCCAAGCAUUUACGGGACGAGGAGAAACGAAUAUGUAUGUAUCCACCCAUCAAACCAGAAACUCAAGAGGGUCAAUUAAUCCAACCAGAGUCCGGCUAUACGUAUGCAUCGCUUGCUCGUAGUGAACCUAUUAAGAUAAAGACCAAAGGACUACAAGAAAGGAGAAGCUCUUCUCAGUCUCUAACACUUGACAUCAAUGCUCCAACAGAAACAGUCAGAUGGGUAGCCUCACCUCCAAGAGAAAGCUCUGUACAAGAAUACUUAGAGUCAGCAGGCAACAGAAUGACGAGAAAACAACUCAGAAAUUCAAUUAAAAAUUUCCGUGCCCUCCAUGAAGAAUUCUGGGACAUUCCAAUGAACCAUCCAGAGAGUGUUGAGGUCCCAGGUUCAGCGGCGAAAAACAGGUAUAGCACCAUACUACCAAAUCCACAGACUAGAGUCUCACUUCCACCGAUCAGCGGCGAUCCACUCUCUGAUUACAUCAAUGCAAAUAUCAUCAGGGGGUAUGAUAGAGAGCCCAAUGCUUUCAUUGCCACCCAAGGCCCAAUGGCUCACACUCUUGCAGACUUCUGGAGGAUGAUCUGGUUUACCAAUGCACCAGUUAUCGUCAUGGUAACCAAAAUCAAAGAGAGGAAAAGAAGUAAAUGUGAGAUGUAUUGGCCUCAAGGUCAAGGUUUCUAUGGUGAUAUUGAUGUGACGGUGGAAGAAACAGUUCCCAAAGAUGAUUAUAUACUUAAAAUAUUUACAUUGAAGUACUUAAAUGAAUGUCGUCAGGUAUUGCAUUACUGGUACACUGCAUGGCCAGACAAUAAACCUCCCGAGAACCCAGUGACCCUGCUGGAAAUGAUACGUGAAGUGGAAUUCAGCAGGAUAGACCCUACGCUUCCAAGAGGACCAGUCAUAGUCCAUUGCAGUGCUGGACUAGGUCGGACAGGGUGUUACAUUGCAAUCACUAUUGGUAUGAGACAAAUGGAUGAGGAGAGCAUGGUUGAUAUACUAGGCAUUGUAUGCCAGAUCAGACAAGAUAGAGGAGGAAUGAUCCAAACGAACGAGCAGUAUGAAUUCAUUCAUCAAGCUCUUUGCCUCUAUGAAAAAUGUCUGCCACGAAGAGAAUCUAUCACAGGGACAGAGUGAGGGCGCCCUUCACCCGGCAAGCGAGGUCUUCGUAUUCAAUCCAUUCAACACAGAACCAACAGCAUUAUAAUGCUCUACUAUUAUUUAUUUACUUAAGCAUUUCAUCAUUGUUAUGAUCCAUAUUCAUUAUAUUUUGGAGAGUAAACAAAAUCAUGAAGAAAUUAAGUCUUAUUGGCCAUUUUUUUUGCAUCAUUGAUUCAAGAUAGAUUUUUAAUCUUUCCAGGGCUGUGAUACAUUGAAGAUAUAAUUAAUUUUACAAUGGAUUGAGAUUGUAGGUCUAUGACAGACUUUUUACUAGAAAUUACAAUCAAUUGUAAUAAUUGUUUCUCUUAAUAUCACUAUGCCCAGAAAUAGACAUCACUGUUGUCAUGGAAACCUACCAAUGAAGGCAAUUUAUGAGUACCUGAAAGUGAAAAGUAAUUUUUACUUACUACCAGAUUUUGGAGGAGAAUUUUUCUAUAAAACAAAAUUCAGGUUAGACAUUUUUAAAGGCUAUGUUGAUCAGUAUUUCAUCAUCAUUUUUGCAAAUAUUUUUAGCAUAUCUCUUUAAAGUUAAAUUGAAUUGUGUCAGGAAAAUAUCAUUUUAAACCUCAAUGGAAUCUCAACACAUAUUGAGAUAUGUGAAAAGAAAUAUAAUGCAAUUUUCUGAAGGAAAUUGUAAAUUAUUAGUGUUUGGCACAUCACAGUUGUUCUUAGUAUAAUGUUAAUUUAUCUUUUCAUUGAAAUUUCCAGCCUUGAUAAGAAUUAUAACAUGAAGCGUUAGAAGAGUUUUCAUUUGAAUUUUUGUUUCACUGUUUAAUCUGUAUUAUUAUUUUAACCUAUAUAGUUUGUAACAGAUAUCUAUUUUUUGAAUCAUAUAUGAAAAUAAUAUCAAUCUUAAUAUAUUGAAGUACAUACAUUAUAAGAAUAUCAUUCCUAGCAGUAUAGCAGGUGGGUGUUUCAUAAAGCUGUUCAUAAGAGCGACUUUAAGGACGACUGGUGAUCCUUUCUUGCGGUAAUGGUAUAUACCCAAAUGUUCGUUGGCGAUGGUUUAGCGCAUAAGAACAGAUCACCAGUCGUUCUUAAAGUCGCUCUUAACUUACGAACAGCUUUAUGAAACACCCACCAGUAUUUGAUUUGAUUUAUGCUUGUCAGAACUUUACUCAUUUAUUAAAAGUAGCUAAUAUACCUUGCUUAUAUAAAUAUGAUUUUGUAAACUUGAUGUAUAAUUAUGUUUUAUCCAUGGAUUGGAAAUGUUAACUUUACAAAUUAAAUUAUGAAAUAUUUUAUUUUCUAAAUCAGUUAUUAGGUCAUGUAAAGCUUGAGUAUAGCUUUGUAAAGAUGGCUCUUAUGUUAUUUACAUCUUAUUUUUAAUAUUGGUAUUUCUCAUCUAUUCUUGCUGCACUUCUUUUGCCAUUUAGAGCAAAAGAUACCUAAUUCACCUUUCCUUACAAUGAGUUACUAGGUUAAUCGAAAUAGGUAGAGAACUUUUUAUUUCUUGGCUUUUACCCCUUGACUUUUCUUCUUUUUUAUAUAAUACUAAUUAUUUUAGAGAAGAUCAGUUCUCUCUCAAAUUGGCAACAACCAUCAUUAUUGUUUCCUCUCAUACACUUAGUAAACUAUGGGUUAGAUCAGCCAUCAUUCCUUAAAUUGGCAAUGUCUGCUUGUUCCCUAUCUCAAAUACAUGGUGAGUUUUUAGUUAGAUGAAUGCAUGUAAUAAUGCAUAAUGACUCAAACUUAAGAUUUGUCCUCACAUCCUUUAUGAUUAUAUUGUCAAAUUUACAAAUAAUGAGGAGAGAAAUGGAUUUAAUCGUUUUAAUUUAGUAUUAAAACAAUGCCUUUACUGUUAGUGAUGGUGAUGGGCAAACUAUCUUAUUUUGCGGGAAAUUAAAUUGUUGAGGAAUGAUAGCAAAUAUAACAAGGAAGGGAUAGUUUCAACAUGUCCGUGCAAGAACGCCUGUAGCAGAACACUUUCGGGCACCACAUUUUUGCUGAAACGCCCUUUCACAAUGCACUUAUGCACAAAGUUUUGUUAAGGGCGUACUGCACCGACGCAACGGUUUGCCUCGUCAUGUGAAAAUGAGAUGACUAUAAUGCUAGUUUUGCAGUUGGUUGAUUGAUUCAUGUCUUACUACAUGUAUAAGCUAUGCGGUUGUAUUUUCAUAGC